AUGCACCGGGAGCUCGUUCACUCGCUGCUCACGGGAAUCUGCCACCGCCUCCGCUCUACACCACACACCCCCACCCCCGCGCCCCGGGUCCUUCAGCCAGGAGGGAGCCUACAUGCCUGUCUAGACCGAUCUAUCACAAGCACACCAACACCGCCCGUGAGAGCGCAGAGACCCUGCCGGGGUCCCCCGGCCCGCGCGGUUCACAGCGGACGUUAUCCAAGGAGCGCGACGGUGCCUCCGGCGUGGGGUAGUGGUGGAGGGGGGCCUGCGGGCACGGGCCGCCGGGAGCGCAUGGCCGGCUCUCCCCGGUCCCGGCGCCCCGCACUCGCGCCAGCCCGGCUGCCGGGGCACAGUCACAGCUCUGCGCACUGGGCAGUCCUAUUUUUAUCUUGUCUAAUCCCAAACUGGGCGGGGAGCACAGGCGUCGUGCUUAGAGAACAAGAGAUAGGCGAGGGAGGCGGGGAGGAACAGCUAGGCAGCGACGCGAGGAGGAAGAAAGAGCGGGCUGCGCGGGCCUCGCGGCGCCGCACGCAACGCGCCGCCCGGCGAAGUUACACUCGCCUCGCCGUCGCCCCGCGAUGCCCGGCCUCUCCCCGCUUCCCAGCGCCGCCCUCCGCGGCCCCGACCGCGGGGUCCGGGCCUUCACCUACUGGUGACAGCGCCUCAAAGGACAGCGCUGGGGGCCGGCCGAGCCUCAGCGCCGACUCGCCCGCGGAGCGCCUGGCGCCCGAACCCCGCGCGCUCUCCCUAACCACCCCGGGCAAUCCGGACCCAGCAAUCUCCGGGACCCGGGAACGUGCCCACUCGAGCGUGCGAGCGGCUGAAAGCCCGCCGGGACCACGCGUGCCUCCAACCGCCCCACUCCGCGCACGGCGCCCCAGGGCUCGCUUGGUAAACAGCAGGCGCACCCCGCCGCCGCCGCCCGGAGCCCCCCCGGUUGGCCGAGGCUCUGCAGUGAAGCCGCCCGCCGGCUCCGAGCCCCGGCCCCGCGGCGCGUCGGCGCCUCACCCUCCCCUCCGCGACGAGGAUCGCGCCCCGGUGCGCAAGUUCCUCUUCGCCCUUAGCCUUCGCGCCCCACGCCUCGCUGGACCUCCGAGUGGGACCAACUUCCUCCGGCCGCAGACACGCACACGCCGGACAGGGCUUCGCACAAGACUACGCCGCCCCCCCCCCCCCCCGCCGCCGCGCUGCCCAGCUGGGCCGAGGGCCCAGGUCGAGCUCGGCUCGGCCCGGGGCGCCCGCCACACACCCUCGCGCACGCACACGCACGCGUUCCACUUGGAGGAUCGACCGGCCCUCAGAGAGCCUACCCCCGCCCCCGCGCCCGACUCGCGGCGCUCCGCGGCCGCCGCGCUCCCGCGCACAGACACACACGGGCUGCAAAACUUCCACUCCGCGAACUCCCGGCUCUCCUCCCAGCCCCCAGGAGUCGACCGCCCACCCCCCUCCGCGCCCCUUUCUCCCCGGUGCCCACGCGGGGCCGCUCAGCCGGCUGCCCUCGGGGUCGGCCCCGCCGAGGGGUGGGCUCUGGGCCGGGUGGGGGCGGGGCGGGCUCGGUGCCUGCGGGCAGGUGGCGACAGCCCCGCGCGAUCCUCCGGGCUCCCGCGGCUGCUCCGGGCUCGGCCGGGCUCAACAGCUCCCGCGCCACCGCCGCUGCCGCCCGCGCUCGGGCAGGAGCCCCAGCGCCAUGUUGACGGUUUGCCGCGAGCGCCCGCUCGGGCUGGCCGUGGAGCUCGGCCCCCGUUCAGCAAGGAGCGCAGCUCCGCCUCACCUUGCCGCUGGGAGCCCGGGCUCCGUCUGCCGCCGCACGCCGCGAUCCCAACGCGUCCCCCCUCCCUCGCGCAGCGCUCGGGCGACAGCCGCCCGCCCGCCGCCGCCUCCAGCUCUCGCAAGUUUGAGCUCCCCCAGCCUCCGCUCACCCUCCGCUGCGGCGCCUCGGCGGUGGGGUUUCGGGAGGGGGCGCGCGUCCUGGGCGAGCCGGAGACCGACUCGGGCGGCGGCGGCGAGGGCGGCCCGCAGAGCCCGAGCGGAGGGGAUGGGGGGCAGCGGGGGCGGCUCUCCCAGCCGCGCGCCGACUCCCCUCGCUACCCAGAAGGCCAGUGGACGACCGCAAUUACCAUAAAGCGCCUCGCACUCGGCUCCGCUAAAGCUGUCAAACCCCAGAGGCAGCCACCGCUGCCGCCUCUCGCCACCAGCGCUGCGCUCUCCCGGCCUCGCGUUCCCUCCGAGACCAGGCAGAGCCUGAGCUACAUGAAAACACCACCCCCGGCAACAGCGGCCGUGCCGCCCGAACUCGAGCCCGAGUUCCCCGGACGUUUCAAUUGUGGAGCAACUUUUGGCGCAGAUCGUUCGCCCCAUAAAUUUCCACUCGGUAACGUCGUGCUGAUCGGUGCUCGGCGGUGGCGUAGCGCCUGCGCCCGCAGCAGUUCAAUUCAAUUGACACGUAUUGAGCCUCUUCUGCGCACCCCGCGCAGCGCUGGACGCGGGGCGCUAGGGGAGGGCGGGGGCAGGCCGCAGGCAGCGGGAAGCGGAGAGGCGAGGUUCCGCCCCCACCCCAGAGCGCAGAGCCUCAAGGGCAAGAAGCCCCAGUUCAUAAAGCUGGCAGGAAGGGAUGGGAGCGGGGGAGGGGUGUUCCGACCUAACCGCACCCAGACCGCGGGUCCGGACGUCGCGGUCAAAGGCGAAGAGGCCGCCGUGCGGCUGCGGGCCGCGCAGAAGAGCUGGCCUGGGCGAGUGCGGAGCCGUGCCAGGCUCUUCCGGCUCGUGUCCGUCCCCACCCCCCCAUCCCCACGUCUCCAGCGCGUUAACAGCCGCGCAGCCCCCGGCCGCGAGUGCGGGGCGGGGGCGGGGGCCGCAGGAUGGUUUGUGUUGCGAGGCCUGACAGAACCUUCUGCGCCGAGCGAGCGGGCAGCAGCUGACAGCCGGGCCUCACGGAAGGCCCACACGCGUCCCAUUAGUCAGCCCGAGUUCCCCUCGGGCGAGCCGUCUGGCGCGGCCCCAAGGCCGGGCGCGGGCUCUGCGGGGCCCAGCCGGGCUCGGUUCCGCGUUCCUGGGCCCGGGGGUAAGCUGAGCCGGCAGGGCAGGCCGCUCCCUGGCUGGCGCCGGGGCGCCGGGCUGCGCUUCACGUGCCCGCCAUAUCAGCGGCGGCGGCGGCGAGGAGGUGGGGGGCAAGGAGAUGCGCAGCCGCUCCCACAGGGUCUCGGGCCCCCGCCUCCCCGCUGGAGGCUGGGCCGAGACCACCCCGCAGCCCCCAGUCCCCGCAGCUUCGCGCGCCCUCCCGCGCGAGCAGAGCGCGGCGCUGCCAGACGCCGAGAAGCUCCUCGGGCGCCGCUCCAAGAGCUGCGCGGCGGCGGCAGCCAGGAGAGGGUGCUCCUCGCGGCCGCCCCGGGAACUUCCCGGCCGCCCCGCCGCCGCCGCCGCCGCCGCAGUCACGGGGACCGGAAGCUCUCGCGCCGCCCUGAGCGGCCUCCGCUGGCCCCCAGGGCUGUUCCAGACGACGACUGGAAGCGCGUCACACACACACACACACCCUCCCCCCACCACGAUCCCUCCUGGUUCCAGGCGACCGCCCUCGCCCUGGGGCAUCCCCAUUUAAGCCCGGAGGAUCCUCCUUGCUGUCCGGGGAGACUUCCCUCUGCUGCCUCCAUAAGCACACGCCCCCACCCCCUCAAGCCCCGCAGCUGGGACGGGAGGGGCGCCGAGCCGCCGCUCCGGCCGGGCAGGAACACCUGCUCCCGGGCCCUGCAGCUGGGCGCGUGGUGCCGGGAGAGGCUGCCUACUGUUGUGUGCAGAGAUCGCGGAGGAGAAAAUGGGGCUCCGAAGCUCAGCGCCAAGCGCAGCCCCAAUCUCCCACCCCUUCUGGGCGAUCAGGACCGAAGCCAGCAUGGGGCCCGGGUGUCCUGA